AUUCAUAACUUGUGAAUUUCAAUUUCAUUCAUUUCAUUCUUUUAUAUAUACUGUCAUAUCAUAUGUCAAAGGAAGAACUAAACAUUUUCAUUCGCCAAUAUUCCAACCUCAAAAUAUAUAUUUUUUCUUUCAUCCAACAAACGUAAAUGAUCUACAUGAGUCUUACCUACUAGUCGAACUAGUCUAUCUAUUCAGUAACUUUCACUUUCAACGUCACUCCGAUAACCGCUUUCCAUGACGCUACAGUUACUACGCGUCAUACGUAAUUCAUUUGCAUUUCGUUCAGAAAAUUGCAUUAAUUUGAUUCGCCAUUGCAAGUUGUUACGUACGAGCGAAUACCGUUAUUCGGAGUGGGGGCAGAGAGUAGGACGCGCGCGGGGGGCACGUAUCGGAGGCGCGGGAGCGCGGCGAGUUCACUCUGUCACUCGGUCAUUACGGUAUUUUUCUGUAGCGCGUCCCACAUUUACGAUCGUGAAAGAAAAAGUGACAAUGCCCGAAAACAAACCGUUUCAACGCCUUCCGAAGAAUGUCGUACCUAAACAUUACGAUCUAGAACUGGUGCCAGAUCUCGAGAAACUAACGUUUACGGGAAAGACAGCAGUGAAAGUAUCGAUCGUCAAUCCUACCAAAGAGAUAGUGCUCAACUGUUUGGACUUGGAUUUGAAAAGCGUGAAGUUACAGUAUGAGAAUGGGGAACCUCUGUCGCCGGUGGAAGUGCGGCUCAGCGCAGCCGAAGAGACGGCCACGAUCGCGUUCGCGGAGACGCUGCCGGCCGGCGAGGCCGCUCUGCAGUGUGAGUUCACCGGCGAGAUCAAUGACAAGAUGAAGGGUCUGUACCGCAGCAAAUACCUGACGCCGAGCGGCGAGGAGCGCCACGCGGCCGUCACGCAGUUCGAGGCGACAGACGCGCGCCGUUGCUUCCCGUGCUGGGACGAGCCUGCCAUUAAGGCAACCUUCGACAUUUCCUUGCGCGUUCCCGCCGACCGUGUCGCGCUCUCCAACAUGCCUGUGAAGGAGGAACAGAUAACUGACAACACGCGAUUCGUCAGAUUCGACACAACACCAAUCAUGUCCACAUAUCUGGUAGCUGUAGUAGUGGGCGAGUAUGACUAUGUGGAGAAGACAUCGCGCGACGGCGUUUUGGUGCGUGUGUACACACCUGUGGGCAAAAGCAAGCAGGGCAUGUUCGCACUGGAAGUGGCUGCCCGGGUACUGCCUUAUUACAAGGAGUACUUCGACAUAGCUUAUCCAUUGCCUAAAAUUGAUCUGAUUGCUAUAGCAGAUUUUUCAGCUGGUGCUAUGGAAAACUGGGGCUUAGUGACAUACAGAGAAACAUGCUUGUUGGUGGAUGAGGAACACACAUCAGCUGUGAGACGGCAGUGGAUAGCCCUUGUAGUUGGUCAUGAGUUGGCCCAUCAGUGGUUUGGCAACCUGGUAACUAUGGAAUGGUGGACUCAUCUCUGGUUGAAUGAGGGCUAUGCUUCAUUUGUGGAAUUCUUGUGUGUCAACCAUCUGUUCCCUGAGUAUGAUAUUUGGACUCAGUUUGUUACUGAAACUUACAUCAGGGCUUUAGAGUUAGAUUGUUUGAAAAACUCACACCCUAUUGAAGUGCCAGUAGGCCAUCCAUCUGAAAUUGAUGAGAUAUUUGAUGACAUCUCAUACAACAAGGGUGCUUCUGUCAUUCGUAUGCUGCACAGAUAUAUUGGUGAUGAUGAUUUCCGCAAAGGAAUGAACAUCUACCUUACUAGACACCAGUACAAAAACACUUUUACUGAAGACCUAUGGGCUGCUUUGGAGGAAGCAUCAAACAAGCCUGUUGGGGCUGUGAUGUCCACAUGGACUAAGCAGAUGGGCUUCCCAGUUGUACAGGUAAACUCGAAACAAAGAGGCAAUGAUCGCGUGUUGACGCUGACUCAGCAGAAAUUUACCGCGGAUGGUAGCCAGGACCCUCAUGAUAUCCUAUGGAUGGUGCCUAUUACUAUUUCUACACAGGAAUUUCCUUCUAAGGUGGCAUUGUCUACAGUUUUGGAGAAACGAACCCAAGAAGUUGUCCUAGAAAAUGUUUCAGAGUCUUCAUGGGUUAAAUUAAACCCUGGCACAGUCGGUUACUACCGGACCCGAUAUGAGCCCGGCAUGCUGGCGCAGCUGGUGGGCGCGGUGCGCGACGGGUCGCUGCCGCCGCUCGACCGGCUCGGGCUGCUCGACGACUGCUUCGCGCUGGUGCAGGCUGGACACACGCACACGCACGAGUCCCUGAAACUCAUGGAGGCAUUCAACAAUGAGGCCAACUUCACCGUUUGGUCGUCAAUAUCUAACUGCAUGUCUAAGCUGAGCGCGCUGUUCUCCCACACGGCACUCGACAAGCCGCUUAAGAACUAUGGGCGGCAGUUGUUCGGGCCGGUCACUAAGCGCCUGGGCUGGGACGCAGAAGACAAGGAAAGCCAUCUAGACACCCUGUUGAGGAGUCUUGUGCUCAACAAAAUGAUAAGCUUUGAGGAUCCAGACACCAUCAAGGAAGCUAAGAACCGAUUCGAAAAACAUGUAUCGGGUGCGGCCAUACUGCCAGCGGACCUGCGCUCGGCGUGCUACCGCGCCGUGCUGGCGGACGCGGACGAGGCCACGUUCCAGCGGUUCCUGGAGCUGUACCGCUCUGCAGACCUGCACGAGGAGAAAGACCGCAUCAGCCGCGCGCUGGGAGCCGUGAAGGAUCCGGAGCUUCUGAAGCGUGUGUUGGACUUUGCUGUCUCAGAUGAAGUGCGCGCACAAGACACAGUAUUCGUGAUCGUGUCGGUGGCCGUCAGUAGGAAUGGCCGCGACUUGGCGUGGCAGUUCUUUAAGGACCACUGGCAGGACUUCAUGGAUCGCUACCAGGGCGGCUUCCUUCUGGCGCGACUAGUGAAGUCCACCACCGAAAACUUCGCCUCCGAGUCGGCCGCUCAAGAAAUAGAGGAGUUCUUCCGCACACACCACUCGCCCGGCACCGAGCGCUCCGUGCAGCAGGCGCUGGAGACCGUGCGGCUCAACGCGGCCUGGCUGCGCCGCGACCUCGCCUCCACCACCACCUACCUGCAGUCCUACCACUGACGGUAACUACUGUCCUCACUCACACCACUCCCCGGCACCGAGCGCUCCGUGCAGCAGGCGCUGGAGACCGUGCGGCUCAACGCGGCCUGGCUGCGCCGCGACCUCGCCUCCACCACCACCUACCUGCAGUCCUACCACUGACGGUAACUACUGUCCUCACUCACACCACUCCCCGGCACCGAGCGCUCCGUGCAGCAGGCGCUGGAGACCGUGCGGCUCAACGCGGCCUGGCUGCGCCGCGACCUCGCCUCCACCACCACCUACCUGCAGUCCUACCACUGACGGUAACUACUGUCCUCACUCACACCACUCCCCGGCACCGAGCGCUCCGUGCAGCAGGCGCUGGAGACCGUGCGGCUCAACGCGGCCUGGCUGCGCCGCGACCUCGCCUCCACCACCACCUACCUGCAGUCCUACCACUGACGGUAACUACUGUCCUCACUCACACCACUCCCCGGCACCGAGCGCUCCGUGCAGCAGGCGCUGGAGACCGUGCGGCUCAACGCGGCCUGGCUGCGCCGCGACCUCGCCUCCACCACCACCUACCUGCAGUCCUACCACUGACGGUAACUACUGUCCUCACUCACACCACUCCCCGGCACCGAGCGCUCCGUGCAGCAGGCGCUGGAGACCGUGCGGCUCAACGCGGCCUGGCUGCGCCGCGACCUCGCCUCCACCACCACCUACCUGCAGUCUUACCACUGACGGUAACUACUGUCCUCACUCACACCACUCCCCGGCACCGAGCGCUCCGUGCAGCAGGCGCUGGAGACCGUGCGGCUCAACGCGGCCUGGCUGCGCCGCGACCUCGCCUCCACCACCACCUACCUGCAGUCCUACCACUGACGGUAACUACUGUCCUCACUCACACCACUCCCCGGCACCGAGCGCUCCGUGCAGCAGGCGCUGGAGACCGUGCGGCUCAACGCGGCCUGGCUGCGCCGCGACCUCGCCUCCACCACCACCUACCUGCAGUCCUACCACUGACGGUAACUACUGUCCUCACUCACACCACUCCCCGGCACCGAGCGCUCCGUGCAGCAGGCGCUGGAGACCGUGCGGCUCAACGCGGCCUGGCUGCGCCGCGACCUCGCCUCCACCACCACCUACCUGCAGUCCUACCACUGACGGUAACUACUGUCCUCACUCACACCACUCCCCGGCACCGAGCGCUCCGUGCAGCAGGCGCUGGAGACCGUGCGGCUCAACGCGGCCUGGCUGCGCCGCGACCUCGCCUCCACCACCACCUACCUGCAGUCCUACCACUGACGGACUAAAUGACACAAGACUGAAACUACAACGAAGUCCAGUUAACGUUUCAAUAGAUCUUUAUUCACUGAGCUGAGCUGCUAGCAUAUUGAGUUAUUUAUUUUCCAGUGACAUCGUUAUAUGUUAACCGUGACAUUGAAAAAGAGUAUUUUAAAUGUUGUUAAUAUGUGUAUCGUAUUUUAAACUUAAUAUACGUAGCCGAAUUAAAUUAAACAGGUGGGGCAAACGAACUAAGGAGUAUGUUUCAAUUUGUUGUUGUUUUAUACCUGCCUGUUCAUUUCAUUUGUUUCUGAAAACUAUACGAGCACUUUAAUUCUAGGCGCUUAUUCUAACUAAAUAAUAAAAAUAUCGUUAACUUAGAAGUAACUAUCCUUACGUUUUAUGCAGUAAAUUGCAAAAAAAAAAACUGGGAUCGAAAGUAUUUACUCACAAGUUUGCUACAACUUGACUAGAUUUUGAUUUCGAUAUAAUAAUCCAAUAAGAACUACAAGGUACAGUCGCGAUCAGAUAUAACGGAGCAGCCGAGGAUUUCAAAAAUAUCGAAACACGCACUCUAACGCCUUGACAAUAGAAGUGUGUUAAGAUAUUUGUGAGUGCCUUGGCCGCUCCGAUCUAUUUGAUGGCGACUGUACACUGAAAACGCACACAUGGUAAUCUGUUAUCAAAAGGUAUCGAACAUGGGGAGUAUGUUAGAAAACAAUCUCUUAUGCAUUUAGUUAGAUUGAGCUCGCUAAAAUUCGCAUUUACGUUAGUAAUAUGAUGACACUAGUCACAUGCGCCUAACUAGAUUUCCGCAGCGGCAAAGGAGCUAAGACAAGUCUUAUCAUAAUUUAACCUUUUGACCGCCAAAGACGUCAUAUGACGCGCACGGCUACAGUCCAAUAUCAACCUUACCGACCUUAUCAACUGUACCGACAAGGUUCACGAUUACGCGCCGCGUGCAAUAGGCGUGGCGUUCAAAAGGUUAACAAAAUACGGCCCAUUGUUAUAACACUUCAAUACUCUGCUGAGUUUCAAUGGUCCAUUGUUAGAGAAGCUAUACUUACAGGAUUUAACAUGUAUUAUAAUGUGUAAAAUAUUAUUUUAAUUUAUGUUUAAAUUAUGUUACGAGUUAUGUAAUAUUGGUGCUGAGAGCAUUAUUAUUGUUUUAUUUCUUUAUUCUGGGGAAAGUACAAUUUUGUUUCUAACAUUAGUGUAAACUGUAUACUGACAACAAACCGUAGUAGCGUUAUUUAAUUUACCAGAGUGCAAUAGUUUCUUACGCCCACCACAAGUACCAGUCGACUUGCACACGCAUAUAAUUUUAAUUAAGUACCUACAUUUAGCUAAUUAAUCGUUUAGGGGCGUGCAAGUUCAGUCAAAAUUUUUGUGAUCUUUAAAUAAUGAAAUGAAGUUACCAUCGUUUAUUAGUGUCUAUCGGUGUCAUUGCUGAAUUGUUUUGUAAGACUGUGUUAUUGCAAUAAAUGGUACAAGAACACAAA